UAGCGUUGUGCUGUGCUUGUGGUGUUGCAGCCAGCGAGUUGUUUACGAAAGCAAGCGUUAGUUUAGGACCGCGUUGUGCUGAGAAAUAUCUGAGUUUAUCUCAAAUAUAAGAUAGCCACGUAUAUAAGAUAGCAACUGUCUCGGCUCAUUGGCUCAAAGUGCUCCAGGAAUUUUUCUUAGCAGGCUAUUAACCAGCACCAUAACACAGCAAUGACUGCAUGAGCUCAACUAGUUCUCGCUUGGGGAGGAUGUGUGAAAGGCCCCCAUCGGAAAGUGCGAGCAGACGGAACAGCGAAGAUUCUGGCUACGCUAGGGUUCUGCAGUUUUUACUGAGGAGCAUUGAAGCUAACCGGGCACGGCUGUUCAGCAGUGCCCUGGAGGUGUUCUAUCAAGACGAUUCGGAUGAAGACCAGCAGCUGAACGGAAUAUAUACACUUGACAUGGGUCGAGGUCUGAUGUCAAGGAGAUGUUAUUUUCAACUUGUUUCAGCUGCUUCGUCACCAGACAACUCAAGGAUUCUAAAAAAUGACCUUUACGAAAUCGUCAAAAAACACUCUGGCAGCACAAGCAAGCCACACUCAGAGCAAGGCACUUCAAUGGCUUCGCUGCUCCAAGGGAGGGAGUGUGGAAUGCCAUUUCGUGGUAUCUUUACCAUAGGAGACAAAUCUAGGAUGAGCUCUAGAUUGCUGCCAAACCUCCAAGCAGCGACAGUGUACUACCCAAGCAAAACAUUUUGUGGAACGUUUGCCCGAAAUGGGGACAUAUUCAUGACAGCUUGUCAGGACUGUGUGAUACGCAUCUAUGACACAAGCCAGGAUGAUUUCAAGCUGCUGAAAUCUGUGUCUGCUCGAGAUGUCGGUUGGAGUAUUCUCGACAUGGCUGUUAGUCCUGAUGGUUACAGCUUCGUGUAUUCAAGCUGGUCAGAAUAUCUCCACCUGUGCAACGUUUUUGGAGACCAUCAGGUCCAUGAGGCACUGCCAUUAUGCCCUGAGGACAGAAGGUUUUGCAUCUUCUCCAUGCAGUUUUCUUCUGAUGGAAAAGACAUUCUUGGAGGAGCAAAUGACUCGUGCCUCUAUGUAUAUGACAGAGAGGUUCACCACCGUUCCCUGAGGAUACGUGCCCAUGACGGAGAUGUUAAUGCUGUUGCAUUUGCUGACAAGACCUCGCAGAUCCUCUUUAGUGCUGGAGAUGAUGGCCUUUGUAAGGUUUGGGACAGGAGGACACUUAGUGAGAGCGAUCCUAAGCCAGUGGGUAUCCUUGCUGGACAUAGCAAUGGCAUCACAUUUGUUGAUUCUAAGAAUGAUGCCAGGUACCUCAUCACAAACUCUAAAGAUCAAACAAUUAAGCUUUGGGACAUGCGAGCUUUUUCUUCCAAAGAGGGUAUUCAGGCAACCAAAAUUGCAGUAGCCUGUCAGAACUGGGACUACCGGUGGCAGCGCGUGCCCAAGAAAUUGCUCGAACUCUGUGAGAAGCUACCCGGAGACACAUCUUUAAUGACCUACCAGGGCCACACAGUCUUGCAGACCCUUAUUCGAUGCCACUUUUCACCUGCUGCCACAACGGGUCAGCAGUUCAUCUACACUGGCUGUGCCUCAGGCCGAGUGAUUGUCUAUGACCUUCUUACCGGAAAAGUGGCCACCGUUCUAUCUGGUCACAGGGGUUGUGUGAGAGAUGUGUCGUGGCAUCCUUACCUGCCUGUCCUGGUGAGCUCAUCGUGGGAUGGUUCUGUUUCCAAGUGGAUUUACAGCAGUGAACCAGAAAAGCAAGAAACAAAAGAAAAGUCUGCACAUGAACACCCCAAGUAACACAGGAUGCUGGAGCAGCCUGCGUGUUGAAGAGCUUGUGCUGGAGAGUCAUCAACAUAUGCCUUACUACCGUGUGCUUUUGUCAGUUUCACAGUUGCUUUUUUUGUUUCUUCUUUACUGGGACCUGAUGUUUUGUAUCUUUAUUUGCUGUUCUCUGCAAGGUGUGGGUGUGAAGUGAAUGGUUUGUUAUGAAGUGUGAAUGUGUAGUCAUGGUAAUAAACAUCAACUUGGGUGAACAAUGUAGUAAUGACAGGGCUCGCAAGGUUUACAGCAUUCCGUGGUACAACAUGCAGCUGUUGUAGUUGUCUUUUUGAAGCAUCACUAUUUCGAUCUCAUCACAAAUAGCUACAGUGUAUGAAGAAUAUUUUUGGGUCUUAUGUGUGUGACAAACUGCUUGUGUUACUUGCAGUCUGGAAACAAAGGUAUACUGGCCUGCUGCUUAGCAUAUUUCCGAUUGUUGCAAUUGCAAAGUUUUUUUUGUUUUCAAGAGUUGAAGUUGAAAUUUUAUUGAAAUUGAAAUACAAUACAUGUGAUACAAUGCAUAUGAUAAAAACAGGUUGGCUAAGAGAUUUUAAAUUCAUGAGACUGUUAGUGGGACCUCCUAUAAAAUCAUACAUCAGAUAUAUAAUGCUAUAGUAGACAUUGGUAAAUAUAGAAAAUAUUAGUAAUACAAAAUAUACAGGUAAACAUGAAUAACAAUCAUAACUUUUACAAUAUGUACAGAUAAGCACAAAAAAACCUUGCUAAAGUAUAAUAAGUUACUCUGUAUAAUAUAAAGCAUUAGGAAUUUAAUAAGUCUAAAUACAAGGCCUUUUUGAACAUUACAGGGGAUUCAUUUUUGAUAUCCAAAGGCAAAGAAUUCCACCAAAAUUUUGUGGCUAUUGAUUGAAGAAAAAUUGCUUCUUUGCAUUCUACUUUUCUCACACUUGGGAGUACCUUUGUUUAAAUUUAAAAAAAAAUGUUAAGUGGAUUGUAUAUUCAUUUGCCACAUUCACCUCGUUUCAACAUAAAUUUUAGUAUAUGCUGUUAUGUAUGAGCCUAUUGUUUUUUUUGAGGUUAUCAAUGGAAAGUCAUUCACCGACAGUUUUACAUUGCAAUUGUAGCACAUGGCUCGAUAUUGUCUUUAGUGGGUGACAUCAUUGUUAUUUUUUAGCAUUGCAAUAUAGAUAUAUAACACUGGUUUACAGCUACAUCAAACGAAACUGUACUCUUCCAGACUUAUGCCAACAUGUCAUGGCUUAAAGCUACUUUUUUUGUUCGUUUUUUUUUUCACACUCCAUCAUUACCGAUUGCUAAUAGGAAAAUUAGUUGUGAUCAAUGAGAAAAAGCUGUCCCUAUUCUUUUUUUCACAUAUCGCAAGAGCUUAGUAGAAAACCAGACCGGUGCCACUACUGCAGUAGCAUUGGUUUUGGAUUCAGAUAGUCAUAAUUGAGUCGUGAACAUAAUUCACUCACUGUUAUUAUCUCUGAACAAAGUUGAAUAUUGUAUUUGCGCUUCAGUGUGUUUUUGUAGUGAUGUAUCUGUUCUGUAGGGGACUGAUCAUAAAUGCAAAGCAGCUGACUGACAGAUUUGCUAAGUUAGCUGGGCUAAAUGUAUUCAUUCAAGUCUGCUUCACAAUGAUUAUAACGAGAAUAGGCAUUCAUAAUUUUAUGUUGCUUAUUGCGUGUGGGUUUGUUACACAAACUCCUUAAGUGCAAUUCAUCCCAGCUGGUAGCUCCAUCUCAUGCGCUUUAAUAUUGAUUGUGUAUGUGCACAUAUUUUUUCAAUUAGUUCUUGAAGGUUUUGUGUGAGAAAUAAGGCUGAAUGUAUUGCAUUAUGAUUUUUAAUGUGCAUCUUCUCAUUUGACUUAUUUUAAGAUUUGACAUCUGUGGCUGUUUGAUUAUAAUGCAUUUGCUGUCAUGUUCAGUGGGCCUACCUUGAAAAAAAAAAGAGUCCACAGAAUACGUUACACUGCUUCUUAACCAAGUAUUAUGCAUUGCAGCUUUCACAGCGCAUGGCCAUAGUGAAAAAAAAUAUAUAUAUAUGGCAUUUGACACGUG